AAAUGUCGAGAAGCCUGUGAUGUCGAGGGCUCGCUACGGCGGGCGUCACAUUCGAAUGAGAAGCGCCAAAGCGGGCAGCUGCUCGGUGCAACGGCUUCGCCAUCGGGAUGGAGACCUUGUCCCGACAUAAAAACUUCGGGGGCCCGCACUGAACUGCAUAAUAGCUCCACAAGCCUCACAAACCCACACAAUACACGCACUUACGAGCAGUCAAAGCACACAAGGCCUGUAACUCACGAGUCGAGCUCUCCAAGAAUUCAAGGAACAAUGGCGACGACUGCCUCUUCCUCUGGUCUCCGCACUUCUGCUAUGGACAUCCAGAUGCCGGCAGCUCUGCGCUGCAACACGGCCACCACGCAAAAGCCCGCCCAGUCGUCGCAAACAGCGGCCGAUUCCUUCUGCUUCUAUGCCACGAGUCCCACUGCCGUGGCCUUCUAUGAUUUCUCGUGCAACAACAACACCAACAGCAACAUUCGCUCGGGGUCCUGCGGAGGCGCGGUCGGGAGUGGUGCGUCAUUCUUCGCUAAGCUCUGGGGCGCCUCGCACUAAGCGGCCAGCACGGCAUCCCGACUCGAUACUGGGCUUAUGGUACGGACGUUAUAAUGACUCACGAAACCGCGGACGCCGGAAGUGAGAGCCCGUCGUGUGGACACGUUCCGGGCGUGGCGGCUGACGACGGCGACAGCAGGGCAGGCCCCCAGGCGCCCUCUGCGCAGAACAAUUCAUGGAACCUGGAAUAGUCGUGGUUAGCAUCGGAGCCUGUGUGUGUAUGUGUGUGUGUGUGUGUGUGUGCGCGAAAGAGAUACAGAUACACUAUUGAUUGGUUAGGCGCGGCAACGGGGUCAGUGCCCACUUCGCCAGCACAUCUCGCCCCUGUUCCCGCUGUCGAGCCAUGAGCCACGCCCUGGAGAGGCAGGGCCUUCUCGCAGCCGCCCCAUCUUGUGCUUUGUACGGACUUAACUCGUGUGUGGCAUUGCUUGCGGGUUGUGAAAUACUUUGUGUCUUUCGCAUUGGUUGAGAGUACUGAGCGAGUCUGAGCUCGAGGUGACGGCAGUAGGUGGCUUUGUCCGAUGUGUGCACGUCCUGCCAUGGGACCACUCUCUCUCUACAUGACUUAUUAGCACAGACGGCUUGGUACUCAGCAAUCAAUUCAUGGUUAGGCCUCCGUCGGGUUCUCCGGUGCUGAUUGAACAGAAUUUGUUCUACGCCUGGGUGCGCGUAUGAUGAGCGUUUUUUUGUAUCUCUGGCGUUGCUGAGUGUUUUGCGGCUGUCGGGAGGCUAAGGGAGAGGAUACGGCUGGAUAGGACGUGUGUGCUAUCUGUGCUAGGAUAACCUACACGUCCAAGAGCUGGAGUUAGGGCCUAUGUGGCAGAGGCGCAGGAAAGCACGGGGCAUCGUUGACUAGGGUAGGCAGGGCAUUAUGUGAUGCGCAAUUGAGUGUAGACGCACACGUGCCGCACAUUCUAUGAGGGAGGUCGGGAUGGCGGGCGGUGAUGUACGAACUGCCCCGGACAGCAGAUGAUGUGAUGUCGCGCACAUGGGUCAGCAUUGGACGAGAGCUGGAAGACCGACAUGCUGAGCCUGAAGUCGAAAUUGAGUUGGCUUGGCUAGGGCACGGGUUGUGUGGGAAGACCAAUAUCAUAAGAGAUGCAUGAGGGAAUGCAUGGCUGUACCCGCAGCACUGUUCAACAAAUUCUGUGC